UUGCAGACUCGAGAAGAAGUACAAAGGAUUACGGAAGCAGGUCGAGCAAUGGCUGUGGUUCCAAAAGUUCUCAAUAGAUGGCGUGGAGGACUCGUUCUGCAUUUAUUCUUGCAUGCCGAAUGGAUCUUUCUGGCUCGCGUCUUCCCCUCUUGCAGUGCCAGAAAUACAUGUUCAACGAACGUACUGAAUCCUGGAAAAAACAUCUUUUCGACGAAGUUCACAGAGGGAAUGGAUACCAAAAUUGAAACAUUCGCCGGCGGUUGGCAACCCUUCCGGAUCAAGUUCCUUCAGGAGAAUCGAGUUCAGUACAAACUUGACUUCGUAAAUCGUAUCUCUACGCUCCAUCUGAGCGUCCGGAGCCACCUGGACAAGUACUUGAUUCGCAGCGACUUGGAAAUUGACUUUAUACACAACGAGAUGAUGCGCUUUGGAUUAAGGAAGGAGGACUCCCGAGUGUGGGUCCUGGACGUCGAAAAAGGCGAAUUUCUGAAGACAGUCCGGCUGACCGACGUCUCUCUCGACGGCGUUGACGAUCUCGAAGUAUAUAAUGAAAGAAAUAGCAGGAGAAGAAAAGUCCUCUUCUGUUAUCCACCUGCUCCUCCCUUAACUGAUGCCCUAGUAACGACAUGCCCCACCUGCCUAGCAUGCCCGGAGACAGCACCGUGCCCUGAAUGCCAGGCAGACUGUAAAUGCGAAGAUUGUUCACCGGUCACAGCUGAAGUGAUUACUGGAACCUCAAGUCAAAUCACAACCAGAGACUAUCCCGCAAAAGUGACUUUGGAGGCGGCGACUUGCCCUCCAUGUCCUUCGACUGCUUCUAGUACGAAUGGCAACGAGCGUCCUUCAUCCGCAUGCCCAAGCCCUACUCCUUGCCCCACUGUAUCUCCUCCGCCUUGUCCUCACACUACCGUGUGCUCAAAUUGUGAGGACAGCUAUCCAGGUCUGACCUCCUCGGUGUACGAAAGUCCUGGGUCUGGAGAUGCUUAUAGGUCUAAGCCAACGGAGUUGUCUGAACCAUUGACCAACAGAACGUCUGAAGACUUCGCCAGAGUCUACGGAGAUGGUAUAGAAUGCCCGAAAGCCCAGCUCCUGCUGUAUAUCCUGGAAAUAGCUCUUGCUCUGUGCACAUUAGCCACCAUUGUCUCCACGGCACUGGCGUGCCAGUACAGACGCAAGUUAUCGCUCACCAAAACCGGGAAACGUCGAUCGAGUAUCGCCUCCCGGGAGCCAAACGAGGGUUAUAGGCCUAGAGGAGGCGACGCCCAUCCACCGGAGCAGCGGACAAACGAGAGAGACACCCUUUACUGUCACGUCUAUGAGGAUCCCUACAGGUAUCUCCAGGAGCCGAGUAAUCGCCAGUCUCAGGACAAUUUAUCCCCUGAGGGGCAGAGCCAUCCGGAGGAGGGAGGAACGGGGAAGGUUGCUGGAUCCUUUCAGAGUGCUAGUCUUAUUAGGGAAGAUGCUCCCUACGACACUUUGCAGUUCCAGACAUCUCCAGAUCUACAGUCUAUCGUUUACGGGUAUCAACCAAACAAUAUUUAGGCUGCGUGCCUUUAACCAAGGUGUUAGGAACUGUGAUUGUGUCUGAACUAAACAAUAGUUUAAACGUUAACCAAGUUUCUCAAAUAUUGUGAUUUUGUUUUCAAUAACCACUAGAUUUAACGUCAAUAACAUUUACAUCAACUUAGGCGAAAAGCAGAUUAGCUUGCAUAUAAAAUUUCUAUAAAAGAUCUUCAGUCUAUUCAUAAUAUCUUUUUUUUUUUACCCUCUUCUAUGAUAAGAGGUUUAAGCAUGUUGCAAUAAAAGAUAACACUAUU